CAUCAUAAAAUACAUUUUAUAUUGUUAUUUUUUCCAUAGUAUUUCAUAGUGUGAGCAUUUCAUGGGCUGUACAUAUCUGUAGUAGCAAAUAUGUGGCUUGUAGAAUAUACAAACAACCUGAUUCUAUUGCCGUCAUCACAUCUACAUUUUUAAACCAGUUCCACGACUCGAGAGCCUGCGCUUGUCAAACGCCACUGUUCCGAUACAAAACUGAGUUGUAUCGAAAUGCGAGCAAUAUUCUCAAUUCAAGUUUAAGUGUCGCCGCAGCUUUUAUAUUCCGCAAGUUUUGUGCCGAUGUCGCGACGUUCUCGAGGAAGCAAUACAUGGGAGGUGCGUGCAUCGACGUUGGCUCGCAAUACCCAUAACCUGAUAAGGGACAUCGUCGAGAACCUUCAGGUCGAGCCGAACCCCAACAAGCAGCUUAUUGCGCUUUCAGUCGGUGAUCCGACUACUUUUGGAAAUCUUAACCCGCCUGAGCAAGUAAUUCAGGCAGUUCGCGAGAGCAAUGAGUGGCUGAGCAGCCGAAGUUAUGGUCCUGCGAAGGGACACCUUGAAGCGAGGGAGGCUGUAGCCAAGUACAGUGCCCAUCAGAGUAAUGAAGAAAUAUCCCCUGAAGACGUCGUCCUCUGCAGCGGAUGCUCUCACGCUAUCGAACUUGCCAUCACUGUGAUCGCUGACUCUGGACAAAAUGUAUUAGUCCCUCGCCCAGGUUUCAUGAUCUACAAGACCGUAGCUGAAGGAUUAGGAAUAAAUAUCAAAUAUUACAACUUACUGCCAGAUCAACAAUGGAAGGUGGACUUAGAAGAUCUAGAGAACCAAAUAGAUGAUGACACAGCCGCUAUAGUUGUCAUCAACCCGUCGAACCCUUGCGGCUCAGUGUACAAUAAGGAGCACCUGAGUGAGAUACUUGAUAUAGCGUCAAGGAACCACGUGCCAAUCAUUGCUGAUGAAAUAUACGAGCAUUUCGUUUUCUCAAACCACGAGUUCACAGCUUUGUCGGCAGUCUCCAAAGACGUCCCGAUAUUGACAUGCGGAGGGCUAACGAAACGGUUUCUGGUUCCUGGCUGGCGCAUGGGCUGGAUUAUAAUCCACGACAGGCAUAACGUACUAGGAAAGGAAGUACGGAAGGGCUUGUCGAACCUGGCGACUAGAAUCCUGGGUCCAAACACGUUAAUACAGAGGGCUUUGCCGGCAAUACUGUCAUGUACGCCGCAAAGCUUUUUCGACGAUGUCGUGCUAUUUAUAGAGAACCAAGCUAAGCUGGCUUAUGAUGAACUGCGCCGUGCACCAGGCCUGCGUCCCAUCAUGCCUCAAGGUGCUAUGUACAUGAUGAUUGAAAUAAAAACUUCAUUGUUCCCGAGUUUCAAGAAUGAGUUACAAUUUGUCGAGCGCAUGGUUGCGGAACAGUCUGUCUUCUGUUUACCAGGACAGUGUUUCGCCUAUCCAAACUUCAUGAGGAUUGUUUUGACUGUACCAGAGGACAUACUCCGGGAAGCUUGCCAACGGAUCACAAUCUUUUGUAAGGACCACAUUGUCUCGCGAGAGACUCUCAAGGAAAUAGACAGCAACUUAGUUAAUGUAUCCAGCGACAGUGAGGUCAUCUGCGACAGCGGACCAGCUCUUGCUUAGAUUAAUGUGUUAUGCUCAAAUAGUGUAAUAAACAUCAUUUAUUAAAUAAAUAAAUGGUUCCUUAAAAUGAA